AUGGCAUCAACGACGGCAUCGGAUUCCUCAGUCGAAGCGAUCGCAAAAGCCGCAAAAGAGGCAUUUGAACAGUCUCAGCUUCUCCCUUCAUCAGUUCGCAACGAGGCAUUGGCCAAAAUCAAACAACAGCUCGAGCUGCGCAAAGAUGACAUCCUCGCAGCCAACAAGCAAGACAUGGAGGCUGCGCAAAAAGAGGUCGACGCAGGUCGCAUGACCACCGCACUCCUGAAACGCCUCGAUCUCGGAAAGGGUGAUAAAUGGGACUCGAUGCUCCAGGGCAUCUUGGACGUCGCGAACCUCCCUGAUCCAACAGGUACUGUGUCGUACGCGUCCAAGCUUGACGACGGUCUCGAGCUCUACCGCGUGUCCUGCCCCAUCGGCGUCCUUCUUGUCAUCUUCGAGUCGCGCCCAGAGGUCAUUGUAAACAUCGCCUCUCUGGCCAUUAAAUCAGGUAAUGCUGCUAUUCUCAAGGGCGGCAAAGAAUCCACUCGCACCACCGCCCUCCUUGCCUCCGCCAUCGCCGAGGGUCUCGCUCAGACGUCUCUUCCUCCUGCAUAUAUCCAUGCAAUUCAAACGCGUGAUGAGGUUUCUGCGCUGCUUCAGCUUGACCGCUACAUAGACCUUGUCAUUCCACGCGGGAGCAACGCGCUCGUGAGCAACAUCCAGAACAAUACACGUAUCCCCGUCAUGGGCCAUGCGGAUGGCAUAUGUCACGUUUAUCUUGACGAGUCUGCAGAUUUGCAGAAGGCAGUACGCGUCGUCGUUGACUCAAAGACAGACUACCCCUCCGCAUGCAACGCAGCAGAAACCCUCCUGGUGCAUGAAAGCCUACUUAACACCGUCUGGCCAGCAGUCGGCAAAGCCCUCCUCGACGCACACGUCGAACUCCUCUGCGACACCGCAACGCACACCGCCCUCUCCUCUGCCCCCUCAAUCUCAUCGCACCCCUCCUUCCCGUCGCUCAUCCAGCACACCCCAAACGAUACAUACACAACCGAGCACCUCGAUCUCCGCCUCUCCGUCAAAGCCGUGCCCUCGCUCGCGGCCGCGACAGCGUUCAUCAACGCGCACUCGUCGCACCACACUGACACGAUUGUCACCGAGAACGAGGCGCACGCGAGCGCGUUCUGCAGGGGCGUCGACUCCGCGGGCACGUUCGUCAACGCGAGCACGCGCUUCGCGGACGGGUUUCGGUAUGGGUUCGGCACGGAGGUGGGGAUCAGCACAGGGCGCAUACAUGCGAGAGGACCCGUGGGGCUCGAGGGGCUUGUGAUUUACAAGUAUAUGCUCAGAAGCUCGGCUGGCGAAGGGCAUGUUGCGAGCGACUUUGGCGUCGGCGAGGGCAAGAAGGCGUUCACGCAUGCGCCGAUACAAGCCAGCAAGGUGCCGUGGUAG